AUGCCUAUGUCCGCUCGCUCGCGACGAUCGAAUCCGCGACUGCCCCCUUCGCCUUCCUCUUCGUCUUCUUCUGACGCUGUGCGGGCUUCGCCGCAUUCCUCCCCGCCUUCACGCCUCAGGCCACCAUCCGCCAACCCCGACGUGUCCUCCAACAUCCUCCUUUUCCUGAUCGGCUUUCGCCUCGUCAACGCCCUCACUGUUCGAACCUUUUUCCAACCAGAUGAAUUCUUUCAGUCUCUCGAACCCGCCUGGAAGAUCGCCUUUGGCACGAACCAGGGGCCGUGGAUAACCUGGGAAUGGGAACACCAGCUGAGAUCCUCACUGCAUCCGCUUAUUUUCGCUGCCGUGUACACUGUUGCAGACCUCGUCGCACGCACUCUCGGACUCACCCCCACAUCACGCGCUGAAUUGCUCAUCGCCGGUCCCGGGAUAACGCAGGCCGUUAUUGCAGCCGUCGGCGAUUUCUAUACUUGGAAGCUAGCUCGGUAUAUUUACGGGGACAGAAGUCAUGAGUCUUGGGCGACGGUACGGAUCCGGUCAAACGCUAUAGAGGCCGAUGCUGAUCAGCUGCAGCUUGCAUUAACCGUCGUCAGCCUAGCUAGUGUGGCUUUAUACCGAAGUGCCUGGGGAGAGAGGCAGACUCUUGCUCGAGAGGCUCUAAUCUGCGGUUCCUCCGUUCUGGCAGUGUCUACUGUUGUUGAUCGUUUCUUCUACGGAUUCUGGACUUUCCCGCCCUUGAGGUUCCUGUACUUCAAUGUCGCCCAGUCUUUGGCAGCAUUUUACGGGAGAAAUGAUUGGAGCUACUACGCCUCUCAGGGAUAUCCGCUUCUGCUCACCACCGCGCUGCCAUUCACACUAGUGGGCUUAUACCGCACUCUGAAAACCCCGCCGAAACUCGAGAAGCAGAAGGGUUCGAUAUUGGUCCAGCUUGCCUCUAUCUCCUUGGCUAUGCCUGCUACGCUGUCCGUCAUUACCCACAAGGAAGUCCGCUUCAUCUACCCUCUGCUGCCGGCUCUGCACAUUCUCAGCGCGUCGCCUUUGGUGGAAUUCUUUAUCCCUGCAUUGACGACUACAAACCGCGAGUACAUUUCUCGACGUCUCACCCUUAUCUUUUUACUGUGGGCGAACGUCGCCAUAGCUAUAUACACGACUCUCUUCCAUGCGUCUGGGGUUAUCUCUGUUUUGUCGUAUAUAAGAGAACAACAUCAGAUUCAUGGAACAGCAAACAUCCCGUCGUUACCAAAGGAGAGUCCUGCGUCCUACGGUGGAAUCACCACGGGCUUCCUCAUGCCCUGUCAUAGCACCCCAUGGCGUUCGCACCUCGUAGAGCCCACUAUUCACGCUUGGGCCCUCUCCUGCGAACCGCCUGUGGGCUUAACUGCAGAGGAGAAAGCAGCCUACCGCGACGAAGCAGAUCAAUUCUAUGACAACCCAACUCAGUUCCUUCAGGACAAUAUGGUUGGCGGUCUGCGACACAUCCCCCGAAGACCCUCCUAUGCGACCCCUCCGAGUUCCCAACGACAACCUACCCAACUCUUUCCGCCUCAUGAAUGGCCGGACUACCUCGUCUUCUUCGCGCAACUCGAACCUACACUGAAAGACGCCCUCCGAGGCUCCUCGUAUGGUGAAUGCUGGCGUACCUUCAACUCAGCUUGGCACGACGACUCGCGUCGUCGCGGGGAUGUGGUAGUCUGGUGUCUUGACCAUGCGAAACAGCAGGCCUGGCAGUCUCAGAAGCAUCAACGCGAGCUCGAGGACCGUGACCGCCAGUUCGACCAUAUCAUAAAGAGGUUCCAGAGGGACGCCACGCCGUCCAAGUCAUGGCAUUGGAGUCACUGGACAUCUCCUUUCUCGAGUCAAUCAAAAUCAUGGUCAUGGCCGUGGGAGCGGAAGAAACGGACGCUGUUCGGGUACGAGCUGCCUGAUCUACCUCAGUGGGGCUGGUUUGGAAAGAGGAAGAAGAAAACUUUGCUGAGCGAUUUUUGGUUUUAA